GCUAAGAUGUCUAUCUUCUCAGAUGCCGACUCGGCGCCCCCAGCAUUGUCCUCACGUGGACCGAGUUCAAAGGGUUGGGAUUCAAUCGGCUCCUUAGGUGACCGCAAGAAGGAGAAUGUGAUGGAACCCAAGCCGUGGGCAGGAGAGACAUUGAAGGCUGGCGGGAAGAAGAGCAUUGCUCCGAAGAUGGCUAUCUUCAAGGAUACGGACUAAUGUUUGGCUUUAUGGCGUUUCAUGUAUUUCAGUCUCAGUUGCAGUCAAAAGUGCAACCCAAAGCCCAAUCACGAUCAUCGCGAGCGCAAAUGUCCAAGUCCCAUAUUACACUGGUGCCAUCGAAGAAUCAAACAGUAGUGAACCCUGUAAGCGGGAAAAAGGAGCGCAUCUUUGUCAGCCUCGAGGCCCUCUAUCCCACUCCUGAAGAGCCUGGCUCGGAGCUUAGUUUUGAGGAAGUUUGGGCCAUGACCCGAGGCUGGCUGGAUAUCUCCUGGGAUGACAUGUCACUAACCGAAGAAGUCCCGUCAGAGAUGAUGAGCGCCGAGCCUUCCAUGGUUGACGAUCUCAGCCACCUGGUACAGGAGAAAUUGAUUGUCCAUACAGAAACUGUCGUAAUGGAUGAGAACGGAGCCAUAGUCAAAAAGAAGGGGGGCAAGAGCAAGAAAAAGAAGACGAUGGAGAUGAACGAGACUCAAAUCAUAAAAGCAAACUUAGACUCGCCGUCCAGGCCAAAGCUGAAGAAGAGAAAUACGGCUGAGCCGACAAUGACGCUCCACACUCGGGCUGCUACGGAUGAGAUCUACGAGAUUUUCAACCAACCCAUCCAGUCCAACCCUCUAGAUGAUGAGGAGGAGGAGGAGGAAGACGAAGAGGAAGAUAGCGAUGAUGACGACGACGACUACGAGACAGAUGGCGACUACACCGAGGUGGAAAACACCAUGACUACUCGCCUGGUUGAGAACGAUAACGCCGCCGAUGAAGCUGAUGAAGACGGCUCGGAUGUCAAGAGUAUCAGUGAAUGGUCUGACUUCUCCACACGCAAGCACGUCCCAGUUCUCGACGAGGACGCGACCCAAGCCGGUAUAGACGAGACCCAGCCUUCCGAUUUGACGGAUCCAAACUACUCUGAACGUACUGGUCCUCUACUAGAUGAGCAGACCGCCUCCGAGGAUGGCAGAGAAUCAUGUGAUGAGCAGGAGGCUGAAGAAGAAAGGGAAGAUGAUGAGGAUUACCCGCCAAGAACGAAGACGAUUUUCGUUCCGAUUCCGCCAGAGGAUUAUGAACCCAGGACACGACCGUUUAGGGACCCGGUCGAGAUGGCCAAUAACCGUCUCCCCUUCAUGACCCCAAUUACGGAGAGAACCGAAUCUUCUCUUGCGUUUACAGAACGGAAGGCGAGGUACGAGACUCCGUCUCGUGAGGAAUAUGAGUCAACUAUCCACGAGGAGGGCUCUGACAUGGAAGAGCCGGGUAGCAGCCCCUUGAGGGAGGUUCUGAGCGAAGUGCGCCCUAUCAAGAUUGCUCAGCCCCUUCUCGGCAAGGCAAAGUCUGCUCUGCCAAAGCCGGCACCUCCCAAGGGACCGAUCAUCAAGGAGCUGCAGUGCAACCCAGUGGAUGAAGCUGUGAGAAACGAAAUUUUGGAUAACAUGCAUCCUUCGCUGGACUCAUACCCUGGAUUCUACGACCAUAGCCACGAGAAGUACGAAAAGGGCAACGAGAUCCGCAAAUUCGCCAAGGCCAUAACAAAGGCAGCCAAGGGCGGAGACAGAGUGAGCAAUGCCUGUGCUAUGGUCACAAUCGAGUUUCCCGACAUUGCUACAGAGUACACUAUCAGGAAGGAGCUCGGUGCCGGCGCUUUUGCUCCGGUCUAUCUUGUCGAGAACCCAGACGCAGACCACGAGGACGAGGACGAGAACGGGGUCGUGGCCAUGGGCAAGGGCGCAUUUGCCGUCAACCAUCGCAGCCCCCUAGAAGCACUCAAGAUGGAACUUCCCCCAACGCCCUGGGAGUUCCACAUGAUGCGUCUCGCCCAUACGCGCCUGGGACCUCAGCACCGCGCAGCCGCCUCGGUCUCCUAUGCCCACGAGUUCCACCUCUACCAGGAUGAGGGUUUCCUCUUCCUCCCCUACCACCCUCACGGCAGCGUCCUCGACGUCGUCAACUUCUUCCGCGCUGAACCCUCUGCCGUCAUGGACGAGCAGCUAGCCAUGUUCUUCACCAUCGAACUCUUCCGCACCGUCGAGGCCCUGCACGCCCGUGGCGUCCUCCACGGUGACCUCAAAGUCGACAACUGCCUCCUCCGCCUCGACCACGGCGGCAACGACCAACCCCUGUCAACGCAAUACAGUGCCACCGGCGUGGGCGGCUGGGACGCGCGGGGCGUAACGCUCAUCGAUUUCGGCCGCGGCAUCGACAUGCGCAACUUUGCGCCCGACGUGGGCUUCAUCGCAGAUUGGAAGACGAGCGCGCAAGACUGUGCCGAGAUGCGCGAGGGUCGGCCGUGGACGUGGCAGAUUGACUACCACGGUCUCGCAGGCAUCGUUCACUGCCUGCUAUUUGGCAAGUACAUCGACACGGUCCGCUGCGACCAGGGCGGGAUCGGGGCAGGCGGGCGCAAGUACCGUGUCCGCGAGAGCCUAAAGCGGUACUGGCAGACGGAGAUCUGGUCAGAGUGUUUCGAUUUGUUGCUUAACCCUGGCUCGUUUGUCGCCGUAGAGGAAGGUGCUCAUAUGCCGGUUCUCAAGAGCAUGUGCGGGGUCAGGGAGAAGAUGGAGGCUUGGUUGGAGGGCAACUGUGAGAGGGGUGUGGGAUUGAAGAGUCUCGUUGGCAAGGUUGAGGCUUUUGCCAAGGGAAGGAGGUGAGGAAAGGGAUUGGCACAUCUUCACGUCUGAUUUGACGGAGAAGGAA